AUGCAGAUGCACAUGGAGUUGUCAUACGGGAGGUAUCCUCCAGCUGCUCCUGCUCCUCCAGUGACCUCCAGUGAGGAAUACGAUCCCUGCUUCCGCAGGGGAUCCUAUAUAGAGCUGGCCAGCGGAGCCAUGCGCCGUGUGGAGGACAUUCGCACCGAGGACUUCAUCCAGUCGUCGCUGCGCAGCCAGAUCUUCGAGCUGCGCGAGGCCACGGUGGUCAGGAUGGAUAGAAGUGCCUCUCCCGGCCAUGUGAUCCUCACCUUUAGCUACGACACCCGGCACGCCAAGAUGGAUUUGGAGGUGCUGCCGGGUCAUCCAAUGUUUGUUUACGGCCAGGGUUGGGCCUCCUGCAAUCCCCAGCUCUCCCAGCAGUUGUACGAACUCAAGUGCCAGCAGCUGCAGGUGGGCGACAUCUGUUUGUCGCUGGUGCCGCGCCAGCAGCCAGUGGCUCCACGUCCUCCUCCGCCGCCGCCGCCAUGUCCUCCUCCUCCUCCGCCGCCGCCAGUUGAGCUGCCCGUUUCCAUGGCUUCUCCUCCCGCCGGAGCGGGCUAUGGACUGCAUCCCUACCAGGUUUAUGCCCAAAUGGCCAGCUUUGUGGCCGUCUACACGCAGCACAUGAUGGAGAAGCUGAAUAAUUAGAUGUAAAAACUUGUAAAGGC